GUGAAUAGCGUUGGUGAACGCGUUGCGCUUCAUGUAGCUGCUUCACCUAUUCCUUGGGUCAAAGGGGAGGGUAAACAUCUAGAUUUGGUCACAUUGCAUGACUGAGAGAAAGGUCGGACAGGUCGUAUUUUGAGUCGUAUUUUUCUUUCGUUUUGUAAAUAAUUUCUUCCCUAGCCUGGGUUAGCAUUCAGUAAUAUUAUAUUAGGCAGGAGCUAAUAUAAGGAGUUCACAGCCUCAUCGCCUGGACUGCGCUGCGGGAAAACCUGUGUUUUUUGGUUUAAAAGCGUUAGCUCCCGACAUGAAACAUUGCUAACUGUGGACUCUGGAUCACCUUAUUGAUUACUAGCUAGCUGUGGACUGAGACAGGGACUGAGACAGAGACACAGACAGGGUCUGAGACAGGAAAAUUCAAGGAGCUGUCCGAGCCGUCCUGACCCUGUGUUGCCAUGGCGAUGCGGGAGCUGGUAGAGGCGGAAUGUGGGGGAGCCAAUCCCCUCAUGAAAUUGACCGGUCACAUGACCCAAGAAGGCGGCGCUUGGAGACACAGGUCAACGCCCACUAUUCCCCCCACGCCGAUUGAAAUAGCCUCCGAGGAAGAGCUGGUGAAUGAGUUUUUACAGGCGCCCCCGCGGCCUCCUCAGAGUUUCGACAUGGGCCAACUUUUGGAAGAAAUGCAGCAAAUCGACCAGCAGUCCUACAGACAGGCACCACAAAGAGCUCCAGACGUAGCCGCGUUGGCACUAUCGGGUGACUGGGCGGCAGAGUUUCUGUCUGGCGCUGACACCGCCGUCUCUCCAGCCCAGGCAGGUUUUGAUGCAGCAGACGCUGACUGGACCAGAGAAUUCAUUAACGAAGUGUCAGACCCUGGGCGAUGGGCUGAAGAGUAUCUAGAGCAGUCGGAGGAGAAGCUGUGGUUGGGAGAUCUGGGAGACAAGGAGCAAGAGAGAGAAUGGACAAAAGAGUAUCAACCAGGGGAAGAUCUAAAACAAACAGCUAAUGAACUUCUUGCAAAAGUCGACGACCCCAAGCUUCAAAACACACAGUUCCUGCAGUUUGUUAGGCAGAUUGGCGAGGGCAGUGUGACAGUGGAGGACAGAGCAGGAAAGCAACUCGCUGAUAAAGCACAGGCCAGAGAGGCACAGAACUGGGCAUCCAGCUUCACAAAGGUGUCAGAAGAGUCUGCUGAGUCCUGGGUAGAUGAAUUCACACAAGCGGGCCCAGAUUUUCAGCAGGCUAAAGCUGCCGUGGAGAGUGAUAUCGAUUUCUGGGAGAAGCUGCAGGAGGAGUGGGAGGAGAUGGCUAAGAGAGACGCUGAGGCUCAUCCCUGGCUGUCUGACUUUGACCAGCUGCUCAGCACCUCGUAUGAUAAGGGCUAUCAGUUUGAGGAAGACAAUCCGUACUUGUCCCACGAGGACCCGCUGACAGAGGGAGUAAAGAGGAUGGAAGCCGGGGACAUCCCCGGAGCCGUGCGCCUGUUUGAGAGUGCAGUGCAGAGAGAACCAGACAACCAGCUGGCCUGGCAGUAUCUGGGAACAUGCCAAGCAGAAAAUGAGCAAGAGUUUGCUGCCAUCAGCGCCCUCCGCAGGUGUAUUGAGCUCAAGAAAGACAAUCUGACAGCUCUCAUGGCUCUGGCGGUCAGCUUCACUAAUGAAUCACUGCACCGGCAGGCCUGUGAGACACUUCGUGAUUGGUUGAGACACAAUCCGAAGUACCGGAAUAUUCUUGAACAGAGGGACAGGGAGAGGGAAAGGGAAGGAGUUCGAGAGAGAGAGAAGGAGAGAGAGAGAUUUGGAUCACUGCUACCAGAGGCUCUGUUUAAUGAAGUGCAGUCAUUGUUUCUGAGUGCGGCGGCUGCUGAUCCCACGCGGGUCGACCCUCAGCUGCAGUGUGGUCUCGGGGUUCUCUUCAACUUGAGUGGAGAGUAUGACAAGGCGGUAGACUGUUUUAGUGCUGCCUUGUCUGUUACUCCACAGGAUUAUUUGUUGUGGAAUAAGUUAGGAGCUACGCUAGCCAACGGAAAUCGCUCUGAGGAGGCUGUUGCUGCUUACAGAAGGGCGCUCGAACUGCAGCCUGGGUUCGUGCGCAGUCGCUACAAUCUGGGCAUCAGCUGUGUUAAUCUUGGAGCUCACAGGGAAGCGGUGGAGCAUUUUUUGGAGGCGCUUUCUCUCCAGAGGCAAGCCGCCGGUGACCUUGAAAGCGGUGCGAGUCGGGCACCAGGCUCCGCCACCAGUGUAAUGUCGGACAACAUCUGGUCCACCCUGCGCAUGGCACUGAGCAUGAUGGGAGAGAGUUCGUUGUACACCGCCGCCGACCGGCGAGAUCUGGACACACUACUGGCGCACUUCUGCCAGAGGGACGGAGAGACAGACUGAAGGAGGGAGAGGGGGAAGGAGUGGAGGGAGGUGGCAUGCGAAUGUGGGGAGACGUGUUUUGGAAGUUCAGAAGAGUAGUUUAAGGAAGAAAGGAAGUCAUUUGCGACCGGCGAUAAGACCAAAGUGGAAGCAACAGAUCAAACGAGCUUGAAACACUCGACACAUGCACUAACACUCUGAACACACAGAUAAUUGGUGGCUGUUUUACGAUAUCCAGCGCUUCACAGAAGUCCGUUGUGUUUCUUUUCAUUUUGUUAAUCAUUGAUAUGAUAUAUGAUAUUUAUAUGAUAUGAUAUAUGAUAUGAUAUGUCUUGUCUGCAUUCCAACUACUCGAGGACAGCGAUUUCACUAAAAAGAUGUUUAAAUCUAUUUACUGAUCGUUUAUAUGAGUUUGGAAAGGAAUAACAGACUGUUUGAUCUGAUACAUCGCACUAAUAACCACUAGUUGUAAGUCGCAUUGUGGAGAUGGUAAUCGAUGCCAACGGAAACAAAAGGACACGAAACCUGAGGACGCAUGUCUGCCCUUUUCUCCUUCACUUCUUUUAUAAUUUGAUAAAUAAUCCUGCUGUAAAAUAAUUAGCUUAAUUGUAAAUGAGGCCAUCUUGUGUACCAUAAUUGUAUUAUUAUAAUGAUCAGUUUUGACUAUAGCCAAAAGAGUGUACGACGAUAAAUGUAACCCAAGCAAUAAACUUUAAAAAACUUUGAAA